CAGCCAUCCCACAAUGCAACGCGGAACUCCUUCUACGCUAAACUAUCUACACAUGGUUGCAUGUCCAAGACAGUAGUCUUAACGAAAUUAAACAUUUUCUAAAGUUCUUAUGUUGUUUUUCGCUUCCAAAUGAAAGUCAAAGUUCUCUCAAGAAACCCGGACGACUAUGUCCGGGAGACUAAACUAGACAUUCAGCGUGUCCCUAGAAACUAUGACCCAUCCCUUCAUCCGUUCGAGGUGAGCAGAGAGUACACACGGGCUCUGAAUGCCACUAAGUUGGAGCGGGUGUUUGCAAAGCCUUUCCUGGCUUCACUGGAUGGUCACAGAGAUGGUGUCAAUUGUUUGGCAAAACAUACCCAGAGCCUCUCCACCCUGCUGUCAGGCUCUUGUGAUGGCGAGCUGAAAGUCUGGGAUCUCACCAAGCGUGAAUGUGUCCGCACCCUGCAGGCACAUGAAGGUUUUAUUCGUGGCGUGGUUGUCAGAUACUGUGGAACCUCCUUCUUUACGGUUGGAGAUGACAAAACAAUAAAACAGUGGACUAUGGAGACACCAGGGUAUGGGGAAGAGGAGGAGCCGCUUAACACAAUCCUGGGCAAGACUGUGUUCACAGGACUGGACCAUCACCAAAACAAGAGUGUGUUUGCAACUUGUGGCCAGCAGGUAGACAUCUGGGAUGAGCAGAGGAGCAGCCCGAUCCGCUCCUUUAGCUGGGGUGUGGACAGCUUCAGCUCUAUCCGCUUUAACCCCGUAGAGACGGAUCUUCUGGGGAGCUGUGCCUCCGACAGAAGUAUAAUUUUAUAUGACAUGAGGGAGUCGACACCACUUAAAAAGGUUGUCAUGACAAUGAGGAGCAAUACGUUGUGCUGGAACCCCAUGGAAGCCUUUCACUUCACUUGUGCUAAUGAAGACUACAACCUGUACACAUAUGACAUGAGGUUUCUUGAAAAGCCCAUCAAGGUCCACAUGGACCAUGUCUCUGCAGUUCUGGAUGUGGACUAUUCUCCCACUGGACAGGAGUUUGUGUCUGCCAGUUUUGACAAGACCAUUCGUAUUUUUCCCAAGAAUGACGGACACAGCAGGGAAGUUUACCACACCAAACGUAUGCAGCAUGUCAUCUGUGUGAAGUGGUCGUCAGACAGCAAGUACAUCCUGAGCGGGUCCGAUGAGAUGAACAUCCGGCUGUGGAAGGCCAACGCAGCAGAGAAACUGGGAGUGCUGUCUCACAGAGAGCGGGAGGCCGCCAACUACAGCCAAAAGCUGAAGGAGAAAUUCCAGCAUCACCCACAAAUCAGGCGUAUUGCUCGCCACAGACACCUCCCCAAAAGCAUCUACCACCAGAAGAAUGAGCUGAGGGUCAUGAAGGAGGCGCGCCGACGAAAGGAGAGGAAUGUCCGCAAACACAGCAAACCGGGAUCUGUCCCUGUGUUGUCUGAGAAGGAGAAGCAUGUCGUCUCUGUGGUGAAAUGAACCAGCUGGAGGGGAAUGAAAGGACCUGGGAGUGGAGACGAUCACCGCCACGGGAGGAACUGUUCAUCCAGUCUGUCCAUCAGAUUUAAAAUAAAGUUUGACAGCUAAAACGCCGGUUCUGCAUCGUAAAUGAAGUGUAAAUAAAAAAAGGAAAAUGAACUUGACGUAAAAAAAAGAAUACUUUUUCCACUUUCAUUUGUGAUCAUUUAAAUAAAGUUGGUCAUCAAAAUCCA